UAAAGCGUGUCAUUCACACGGAUUUUAAAAACGAAAGUGCAAAGUGAAAGCAAUGUCCCAAGAAGUUGUGAUAGUUUCUUCAUGCAGAACAGCAAUAGGUAGUUUUCUUGGUGCUUUUUCCAAUGUACCAGCACAUGAACUAGGAGCAAGUUGUAUUAAGGAUGUACUUACCAGGGCCAAAGUACUACCAGAUGAUGUGUCUGAAGUUAUUUUAGGACAAGUUUAUACUGCUGUUCAAGGACAAAAUCCUGCUAGACAGGCCAGUGUAAAGGCUGGAUUACCAGUUUCAAUACCAGCAUGUGGAGUAAACAUGUUAUGUGGAUCUGGCUUACGAGCUGUUGUAUUAGGAUACCAGGCUAUAAAGAAUGGAGAUGCUGAUAUUGUAGUUGCAGGGGGCCAGGAAAAUAUGAGCAUGGCUCCCCAUUGUUGUAACAUGAGAUCUGGUACCAAGUUUGGAGAUGUAUCUUUUGUGGAUAGUAUGUUGAAAGAUGGCUUAACUGAUGCUUUCCAUAACUACCAUAUGGGAAUCACUGCUGAGAAUGUGGCCAAGAGAUGGAAUGUAAGCAGAGAAGAACAAGAUAAGUUUGCUUGUCAUUCACAACAAAAAUGUGAAGAAGCUCAAAAACAAGGAUAUUUUGCAAAAGAAAUAAUUCCAAUAUCUGUUUCGGGGAGGGGAGGUACCAAAGAAAUUACAACAGAUGAAUUCCCAAGACAAGGUUGCACUGUGGAAGGCUUUAGUAAAUUGAGACCAGCCUUUGACAAAUCAGGAUCAGUAACUGCUGGGAAUGCCUCAGGUUUGAAUGAUGGGGCAGCUUCAGUAUUAUUAAUGAGUGCCAAUGAAGCCAAAAAGAGAGGCACAACUCCAAAAUGCAGAAUAGCAUCUUGGGCACAAACUGGUGUAGAUCCAGAAAUUAUGGGCACUGGACCAAUAUCUGCAUGUAAAAAAGCAUUGGAGAAAGCUGGAUGGUCAAUAGAAGAUGUUGACUUGUUUGAAUUAAAUGAAGCUUUUGCUGCCCAGUCAUAUGUAGUGGUUAAAGAACUAGGUUGUGAUAUCAAAAAGGUAAAUAUAAAUGGAGGAGCUAUUGCUUUAGGACAUCCAAUUGGAGCUUCAGGAGCCAGAGUUCUUGUGACAUUAAUUCAUGCAUUAGAAAGGACAGGGAAAAGGAAAGGUGUAGCAGCAUUGUGUGUAGGAGGGGGAAUGGGUAUAGCAAUGUGUAUAGAAAUGUUAUAACAGUGAUUAUACUAUUGUGAAGAAACAUCUACUUAGUGGGACUUACAAACGGUUAUGGAACAAGUGGGACUAACUUUGGGAUA